AUGGCUGUCGAGUAUGAUAAAGAAGGAUCAGCCUUACGCAUACGUGGGAAGAAUGUAUUAGAGAACGAACACGUCAAGAUUGGGGCAUUUCACACUUUAGAGAUUGAGCUCCACAGGCCUUUUGUAUUAAGAAAGGAGCUUUGGGACUCCCUUGCAUUGGAUAUGAUUCGUCAAGUAUCUGAUCCAAAAGCAAGUGCAGACCUGGCCGUUAUUCUGAUGCAAGAAGGCCUGGCACAUAUUCUACUUGUUGGUAAAAGUGUCACAACUACUCGUUCUCGUAUUGAGACUUCAAUACCUCGGAAGCAUGGACCUGCCAUUGCGGGCUACGAUAAGGCGUUGAAUAAAUUUUUCGACAAUGUUUUACAGGCCUUCCUUAAACAUGUUGAUUUCAAUGUUGUUCGCUGUGCGGUGAUCGCAAGUCCAGGAUUUACCAAGGACCAAUUCCAUAAGCACUUAUUGUUGGAAGCUGAAAGGAAGCAGCUGAGGCCUGUCAUUGAGAACAAGUCACGUAUAAUUCUUGUUCAUACCACCUCUGGAUACAAGCAUAGUUUGAAAGAGGUGUUGGAUGAUUCAAGUGUUAUGAAUAUGAUAAAAGAUACAAAAGCUGCACAAGAGGUUCGAGCACUCAAGGAUUUCUUUGCCAUGCUUUCCAAUGAUCCUGAACGUGCGUGCUACGGACCAAGGCAUGUUGAGGUUGCCCACGAGCGAAUGGCGGUUCAGACACUUCUCAUAACUGAUGAGCUUUUCAGGAGCUCUGAUAUCCCAACAAGGCAAAAGUAUGUCGAUUUGGUUGAUUCAGUCAAAGCUUCGGGUGGUACUGUUCACAUCUUCUCGUCUAUGCAUGUUUCAGGAGAACAACUUGCACAGUUGACUGGAGUGGCAGCUAUUCUUCGUUUUCCCUUACCAGACCUUGAAGACAUUGAAAUGACAACGGAAAAAAUUCCGACUAUUGGGAAGGCUACGCUGACUGGAGAAACCGGCCGGCGAUCAGAGGCCGUCAUGGCGGCGUGCUUGCAGCCUCAUUUGUUCUCAUUGUGGAGGUUCUUGAAAACCUAG